CACUGUCUACACAGAUUUCCUUUUUAUUUAAAAUCUAUUUUUUGUACACUUUUGGAUUCUUUAGCCUCCUGCUCAGCUCCGUGAUAUGAAUUCUUUUUGAGCAAACAAACAUCUUACCCACAUCGACCUUGGAAUAACAUUCCUCAUGGCAGCUGUUCGGACCACUCAAUGGAGGUGGAUUUCUGGAUUCUUGGGAGUAAUGUGCCUUGCACUGGCAAUGACUUUGGGGAUUUUGUGCAAUAAUAAAUUUACUAAAAAUAUUCAGCCAACAACCACUCCUGGACCCACUAUGGAACCCCAAGAAGACACAGAUUGCUGUUUUUGUCAACAAAGGUGGGUUGGCUAUGAAUGCAACUGUUACUUCAUUUCCAGUGAUAUGAAAAGCUGGGCUGAAAGCAGGGAGUUCUGUGCUUCUCAGAAUUCUUCUCUACUUCAGAUUCACAGCAAAGAUGAAUUGUCGUUUAUGAAGUCCAAUAAACAUUUUUACUGGAUUGGUGCCUCCUACAAUGCUAAACAUCAUGCCUGGUUGUGGGAGAAUGGUUCUACUGUCUCCAUAGAUCUAUUUCCAGUCAUUUCAACUUUUAACACAGCCAAGUGUAUAGUGUACAGCCCAACCAAAAGUACUUUGGAUGAAUUAUGCAGCAAGAAUAAUCGUUAUAUCUGUAAAAAAAAAACAACAGUUCUUUAAGUGUAUUUUCAAACAGAAAUUGUGAGCAGUGAAGGUGCACUUUUCAAGUGGUAACUUACGUAUUGUAUACUAUCAGUAUCUACUUCUGAGAUCUGUAUGAUGCUUCAAAUGAGUCUUAUCAUUUAAUUUAUCAAAUACUUAAAGCUAUAUAUAUUUAAAAUUAACAACAUUUGCAUGCCAACAUUUGAAAUGAUAAGACAUCAAGGUAAGGAAUUUAAUAAGUCCUUUGACUUAACUUCAGUAUUGAAUUUGAUG